AUGGAGGAAGGGUCCGAACUUGCAAAGCAUCCCACAGCACGUUUAGCGGAGGGCUUCUACAGUAAGGGAGAAUCGACCAGGAUCACCACUGUGGUCUUAAUAUCAUUAUCCCUAUACAACUCCAUCGAGCUUGUUGUGAUCAUCCUAUCGAGUUUUAAACAUUACAAGAGCAUAUACUUCUGGGCCCUUUUACUAUCCAAUACGCUUGGUGUGUUGCCAUACAGCAUUGGAACAUUGUUGGACAUUUACAGUAUUGGCCCACAAUGGUUAAUGCUCACUGCUCUGUGGCUGGGGUUCUCUUGUAUGGUCCCGGGUCAGUCAAUAGUGCUCUAUUCACGGCUACAUUUAGUCGUACGAAACGGCAGACUGUUGACUUUUCUUCGUCUCCUAAUUGUCAUUGGGACUAUUGUCUGUAUGAUUCCAAUCACAGUCUUGUACUACGGCUCCGUCUACAUAAAGCAUCCGUGGAACGAGGCCUACGCCGUUAUGGAGCGCCUGCAAUUGAUUUAUUUCUGUUCCCAGGAGGGGUUACUAUCCACAAUAUUCAUUGUGGAAACAAUCAACCUCAUCCGACUGAGGCCGGUGCAAGACCAUCGCACUCGGAUCUUGUACGAGCUCGUUGCUGUCAAUCUAUUAAUCAUUGUCAUGGAUAUUGCGCUGCUUUUGUUGGAGUUUCUCGGGUUCUACUUCCUACAGGUGAUUCUGAAGGGCGUGGUUUACAGCAUCAAGCUAAAGCUGGAAUUUGCUGUCCUGGGGAGACUACAACUCACUGUCUGCCCACCACAUCCCUCGUUCGGUGAUGAAAGAGCAUACCAUGGUCCUGAUCAUUUUGGCCGUAUCUCUAUCUACCAAAAUGUCAGCCAUGCAAAGUCCUCAGGAAUAAGGGAUUUAUCCAAUCCUGAGAGCGUUCUUGACUUGACUGGUGCGCAACAUCAAUGA